GAAAAAUUUUAAAUUAAUAAACAUCAACAAAACAAAAUUCGCGAAAGAAACUUUUUUUAAUAUUUAUAAAUCGAAUCCAAAACUUGACAAUUUCACUUCAAUUCGAUUUUUGUUUGAACAACGUUCGUUGUAUACGAGUAUUUUUUUACUGAAAAAAAAAUUCAUUCCAAUUUCAAUUUGAUUUUUUUUUCUAAAUUUUGUGCAACCAAAAAAACAUUGAUUAUACAAAAAUGUCGAGCAUGCAAGAAGAUUCAAUCUAUUUGAAUGGUGAUAUAUCUCCAAACCAAAUUCUUGGUAAUGGUGAUAGUCAUCAUCCUCAUGAUCAACAUGAAGAAUCAUUUUUAUUUGCAUCAGAAUCGGUUGGCGAAGGACAUCCAGAUAAAAUGUGUGAUCAGAUAAGUGAUGCAAUUUUGGAUGCAUAUUUAACUGUUGAUCCAAAUGCAAAAGUUGCAGCCGAAGUUGCAACCAAAUCAAAUUUAAUAUUUGUAUUCGGUGAAAUAACAUCAUCAGCAAAUGUUAACAUUGAAGAUGUUGUUCGUAAUACUGUCAAACGUAUUGGUUAUGAUUCAAUUGAUAAAGGUUUUGAUUAUCGUAAUUGUAAGAUUGAAAUUGCAUUGGAAAAUCAAAGUCCUGAAAUUGCUUCUGGUGUUCAUGUAAAUCGUUGUGAAGAAGAAUUAGGUGCUGGCGAUCAAGGACUUAUGUUUGGCUAUGCUACCGAUGAAACAGAAGAAUUUAUGCCAUUAACAGUAGUAUUGUCACAUAAUUUGAAUAAAAAAAUUGCCGAACUUCGACGUAAUGGUGUUUUUCCAUGGGCUCGGGCUGAUAGUAAAACACAAAUUACUUGUGAAUAUCGUUUUCAUAAUGGAUCAGCUGUACCUGUACGUGUUCAUACUGUUGUUGUUUCGAUUCAACAUUCUGAAUCAAUUACAUUGACCGAACUUCGUAAAGAAAUUUUGGAAAAAGUAAUCAAAGAAGUAAUUCCUUCAAAUUAUUUGGACAAUGAAACUAUUUAUCAUAUUAAUCCAUGUGGUAAUUUUAUUAUUGGUGGUCCUGCUUCGGAUGCUGGUCUUACUGGUCGUAAAAUUAUUGUCGAUACAUAUGGUGGUUGGGGUGGACAUGGUGGUGGAGCUUUUUCCGGUAAAGAUCCAACCAAAGUUGAUCGAUCGGCUGCUUAUGCUGCACGUUGGGUAGCUAAAUCAUUAGUAAAUGCAGGUCUUUGUCGAAGAUGUUUGGUACAAGUAUCAUAUGCAAUUGGUAUUGCUCAACCAUUGUCAAUAACAGUAUUUUCAUUCGGUACAUCACGUUUGACACAAAAACAAUUGGUACAAGUUGUUAAUGAAAAUUUUGAUCUUCGUCCUGGCGUUAUUAUCAGAGAUCUUAAAUUGAAUAGACCAAUUUAUGAGGAAACAUCUUGUUAUGGACAUUUUGGUCGACCAGAAUUUCCAUGGGAAUGUCCAAAACAGCUCAAUUUAAAAUCGGUAAAAUCAUCAUUGAACGGUGGUAAUGAUAAUAAUUAUACGGCCAAUGGAAAUGGAAAAUAUAAUCAUCAUUGAUAAUCCAAAUGAUGAUGAUUAUUAUAUUAAACAAAAAUUAUUUUAUUCAGUAUAUUUAGGGCCAUUAUUCU